UCUUCCUCUUCCUCCUCUUCUCGAAACACCACAGCAACUACUACAACUACUACUGCAACUACUACCACUACUACUUCUUCUUCGUCUUCCAGCAGUCGUUCUCUGCCUUCACAUCCGGCAUCUUCCUUACCAUCUCAUUUAUCGUAUUCUGCCUUCUCAAACCAUCCGAGCUGUCUUACCCUUCAGCAGGGCAAUUUACUGAUGGCGACUACUAUGCAUCCUCCUGUGUCUGACUCCAAUCAAAUCCCUGAUACACACGGGUUGCCUUCUCUCUUUGGCGGACUGGGAUACCAUAACCAGAGACCCGGAGCGAAGUACAACGGCCUCAAGAACAACAUACCAGUGGCGAUGCCUCCCUAUAAUCAGUUUGUUCUUCUACCCAAUGGUACCAUCUUUGGCGGAAUGCCUUUGGAUCAGAACCCGUAUUUGCCUGCACAUGGCAUCUAUCCCGGCUUGACUCCACCCUGUCCAGUGGUGCCGCCUCCCCCGAACGAGUUCUUUCAUAACCCCAAUGCGUCUCUAGAUGGCCAUGGUUUGCCGAACUUUGGAUUCGGUGGUCUUCCUCCUCAGCCGAAUGCGGCCUGCCUCCCUUUCCAGAUGAUGAAGACCCCGACUGGGUAUAUUCUCCAGGAUCUCGAGAGCUUGACACAACAAGACCCGCCUAUUCCACGAGCAGUACCCGCUAUGUGGACAAACCCAUCCGAUCUCACACUGGCCAAGUGUCUGGAGAAUCGAGAGGGUAUUACCAAUGUCUACAUCCGCGGCUUCCUUCCAGAGACAACGGAUGAAAUGUUGCAUGCCUAUGCCUCCCGAUUUGGGAAGAUAGAUCGUUGCAAAGCCAUUGUGGAUUUAGAUACCGGUCUCUGCAAAGGGUUUGGGUUUGUCCAGUACUACAACUUCGAAUCUUGCGAGAACUGCAUCCGCGGCUUCUUUUACCUUGGCUACCAGGCUAGUUUCGCUCAGAAGUCCCGCAACUCUAGACUUAAGGACUUGGAAGACAGAUCUUCGACUAACAUCUACUGCACGAACCUUCCAAUCGAGUGGACAGAAGCUGAUCUUCGCCGUCACUUUGAGCCAUACCGAGUGGUGUCUGAAAAGAUUAGCCGCGAUGAGAAGACUGGAGUAAGCAAGGAAGUUGGCUUCGCUCGAUUUGAGACGCGUGAGAUUGCCGAAAAGGUGUUGGGCGAAUUUCACAACGUCGUCUCCAAAGAUGGAGUCAAGUUGCUUCUUCGGUUUGCCGACACAAAAGCACAAAAGCUGCUCAAACAGCAAAGCAAUGAGAGACGUGCUUACCGCGCUGGGGAGUAUAACUAUUCGGUUGAGGUCGUCCAAGGAUCCACUCCGUCGCCUUCGUUGCAGCGUAUCCAACAGACUGUCUCGCAUCUCAGUCCCAACUCACAGGGCAGCUACGCGUCCCCGGUCGGUGUCUCUCCAGUGGGCGUUGGAUCAGCAUGGACUCCCGCAACAUCCAUUUCCCCAUCGUAUCCCUUGAUGAAGAGUCAGGCGGGGAACGUGCGAUUCAACUCCUGGUCAUCUAAAGGCGGGCAGAGAGCCUUGGAGAAUACGCCUCUUCGUCGAGGGCAACGCAACGCCUGGACUGACAACAUCUCCAGCAGUUCAUCAAAGAUGAACUUUUCAGGAACUCCUUGUGUCGAGAGUCGCUCCGAACAAUCUAGUCCUCGCAAGGACCAUGUCAAGGCUGGCUCCGUGUCUCCGAUCUCUGCAUGCAAGGAAGUCAUCAUCACUUCACCCCGCUCGGUCCUCUGA